UCGUAUAUUUCUGAAAAACAUACAUACAUAAGUAAAUAAAUUUUAAGAUGACUCAUGCGCGUAUCGUACAGUCAGUUUAGCUCGGCCAUGUUCGUUGAUAUACAUUUUUAGAGUAGUGAAGUGCAGUGGCUAUUUUCUAAGGGAAAUACGCGAAAUUCCGGCCUAAAAAUGGCAGGGAACACGGGAAUGGAGCAACUUAUUCCCAUUGUGAAUAAGUUGCAGGAUGCUUUUACACAACUUGGUGUUCAUAUGACUUUAGAUUUGCCACAAAUCGCUGUAGUGGGCGGACAAUCGGCUGGAAAAAGCUCAGUAUUAGAAAAUUUUGUUGGCAGAGACUUCCUUCCUAGAGGAUCCGGUAUUGUAACUCGCAGACCAUUAAUCUUACAGUUGAUAAACUCCAAUACUGAAUAUGCAGAAUUUUUACAUUGUAAAGGCAAAAAGUUUGUGGACUUUGACGAAGUCCGCAGAGAAAUCGAAGCUGAAACGGACAGGGUUACAGGAAGCAAUAAAGGCAUCUCUAACAUACCCAUUAACUUGAGGGUAUACUCACCAAAUGUACUAAAUUUGACCCUCAUCGAUUUACCCGGAUUGACUAAGGUGCCAAUCGGGGAUCAGCCAGUCGAUAUUGAACAGCAAAUCAGAGCGAUGAUCAUGCAGUUCAUCAAGAGAGAGUCCUGUCUCAUUCUGGCGGUUACACCGGCUAACACGGAUUUAGCUAAUUCAGACGCCUUAAAAUUAGCCAAAGAAGUGGAUCCUCAAGGUAUCCGUACAAUCGGUGUUAUCACAAAGUUAGAUUUGAUGGACGAGGGAACGGACGCUCGUGACAUCUUAGAAAAUAAAUUAUUACCCCUUCGAAGGGGUUACAUUGGUGUCGUCAAUCGUUCACAGAAAGACAUAGAGGGUCGUAAGGACAUUAACGCAGCUCUCGCGGCUGAAAGAAAAUUUUUCUACAGUCAUCCCUCUUACCGACACAUUGCGGACCGUCUCGGUACGCCUUACCUCCAGAGAAUCCUCAAUCAACAGCUCACGAAUCACAUCCGAGACACUUUGCCUAGCUUAAGAGACAAACUUCAGAAACAGUUACUGACGUUGGAGAAAGACGUUGAACAGUUCAAACACUUCCGACCCGACGAUCCCGCCAUCAAAACAAAGGCGAUGUUGCAAAUGAUUCAGCAGUUGCAGACAGAUUUCGACAGGACCAUCGAAGGCUCCGGUUCCGCUCAAAUCAACACGAUGGAGCUAUCUGGCGGUGCGAAGAUCAACAGAUUGUUCCACGAACGUUUCCCGUUCGAGAUCGUUAAGAUGGAGUUUGACGAGAAGGAGCUGCGUAGGGAGAUAGCGUUUGCUAUUAGAAAUAUACAUGGUAUCAGAGUUGGUUUGUUUACGCCCGACAUGGCUUUCGAGGCCAUCGUGAAGAAACAGAUUGCACGAUUAAAGGAACCCUCAUUGAAAUGCGUGGAUCUGGUCGUUACAGAAUUGUCCAAUGUCGUUCGAUUGUGUACAGAUAAAAUGUCACGUUACCCGAGAUUGAGAGAAGAAGCAGAGAGGAUCAUAACCACCCACAUUAGACAACGAGAGCAGCUGUGCAAAGAUCAACUUUGUGUCCUGAUAGACUGUGAACUGGCUUACAUGAACACGAACCACGAAGACUUCAUCGGAUUUGCAAACGCUCAAAACCAGUCCGAGAACGCAGCGGCCAAGGGCACUCGUGGGGCUCUCGGCAACCAAGUUAUCCGUAAAGGGUACAUGUGCAUCCACAACCUAGGCAUAAUGAAGGGCGGCUCGAGGGACUACUGGUUCGUGCUGACUUCCGAGAAUAUAUCCUGGUUCAAGGACGAGGAAGAGCGAGAAAAGAAAUACAUGUUGCCUUUAGACGGGCUUAAGUUAAGGGAUAUCGAACAGGGCUUUAUGUCCAGGAGGCAUAUGUUCGCACUGUUCAAUCCUGAUGGGCGAAACGUUUAUAAAGAUUACAAACAAUUAGAACUGAGCUGUGAGACUUUAGACGAAGUGGACUCCUGGAAGGCGUCGUUUUUGAGGGCUGGGGUAUACCCGGAGAAACAAACAGAGGCUGUCAACGGAGAAGAGUCGUCGGGAGAAAAUCUAACGAGUUCCAUGGACCCACAACUGGAAAGACAAGUCGAAACAAUAAGAAACCUCGUGGACAGUUAUAUGAGAAUCGUCACCAAAACCACAAGAGACCUAGUACCGAAGACCAUCAUGUACAUGAUCAUCAACCACACCAAAGAAUUCAUCAAUGGAGAACUGUUAGCACACGUUUACGCCAGCGGAGACCAGUCUCAAAUGAUGGAAGAAGCACCGGAGGAAGCACAAAAGCGUGAGGAAAUGCUACGGAUGUACCAUGCUUGCAAGGAGGCCCUUCACAUCAUCGGAGACGUCUCCAUGGCCACUGUUUCUACUCCUGUACCACCUCCGGUUAAGAACGACUGGCUGGCCAGCGGACUGGACAACCCUCGAUUAUCACCACCAAGCCCAGGAGGACCACGAAAGACUACCCCCAGUAUGGGAACAGUUGGUUCUAGUGGUUCGCUGGGCUCAAGGGCGCCCCCACCCCCUCCUAGCACGGGCAGACCCGCUCCCGCCAUUCCCAAUAGACCAGGCGGAGGUGUUCCACCCAUGCCUCCAGGCAGACCACAGGGACAGGCCUUGCCCGCCCCUCUUAUUCCCACUCGAGUCGGAGGCCAGCAGCAAGGCAACAUCCAAGUGCCUCAGCAGGUUCAGAUGGCCGUGGGACGUGCCGUCACCAAUGCCGCCGUCAACGAACUUUCCAACGCCUUCAAAUUCCAUAAUCGACCCGUACCAAAUAUCCCACCAAGAAUACCCGACAGGCCACUCCCAGGGAGACCCAAUUAAGAUACUAGUCAAAAUUUAGGUGUUACUUUUUUGGGACCAAUAAGGUAAACUCGCCUCAGCAGAUACCUUAUUUAAAAAAAAAAAAACAGUUUUUACGAGUGAGAAUUGAAAUACUGUGAUUCUUAUAGUGUCUGGACAUGAAGACUAUGUUUUUCUUCGUUUUUGUAUGUUAUUUUAUAACGAUAAAUAGUACAAUAAUUGACAGUAGUACUCAUUCAAUUUUGUUUGAAACAUCAAGACUAGUCUUUAAUGUAUAGUAUUAUUAGUUUUCCUUUAUUUUAUUGUCUGUCCAA